UAUUUUUUUACUCUUUUUGACGGUUGUAACUGCAGCAAAAGGUCCAAUUAUUACUAAUAAAGUAUAUUUUGAUAUCAAGCAUGGUGAUAAGGAUCUAGGUCGUAUAGUUAUAGGAUUAUAUGGCAAGACUGUACCAAAAACGGUUGAAAAUUUUCGUGCACUGGCUACUGGAGAAAAAGGCUUUGGAUAUAAGGGAUCGAAAUUUCAUCGUGUGAUUAAGAAUUUCAUGAUUCAAGGUGGUGAUUUUACUAAGGGUGAUGGAACUGGUGGAAAAUCUAUUUAUGGGGACCGAUUUCCCGAUGAAAAUUUCAAACUUCGUCACACAGGUCACGGUGUCGUGAGUAUGGCUAAUGCUGGUCCGGACACGAAUGGUUCUCAAUUUUUUAUUUGCACCGCUACAACUUCUUGGCUUGAUAAUCGCCAUGUGGUUUUUGGCUACGUAUUAGAAGGAAUGGAUCUUGUAUUUCUGAUUGAAAAUGUUGAAAAAGGCAGCAAUGAUCGACCGAAAGAAGAUGUAGUUAUCGUUGAUUGUGGCGAAAUCGACAUUCAGGAAAAUGAGCAACCGUUGAGAGUUGAACUAUAA